UGGCAGACAAAGUGCUGAUGAGACAACGAAAGCAUGAACGGUUUCAAUAUAUUUUUACUGCAUCGAUCUCAAGGAUUUGGAAUCGAAGAAUGCAGGACAAUGCCGACAAGGAUGCAUUAAUUGUAGAUACUAGAUAAAAAGCUAACACUUGCUGAGUCAGUAGAGCACCUACAGGGACAGCAUAGCAGACAGGCAUUUAAUAAAGCUAUAUUUGUUUUGUAUACUUUUUCAGAGGCAUUGCCAAGUGGUAUUCAACUCAUCACUGUACAAGCUGGUAUUUGAAAGCUUGCCGUAAGACAGUCCAUAUAACUGACAUUACUGAGUAUCCAAGUAGCUUAUACCCAGGACACUACAGAGACAAAUUAUAUAAAACACGGGUCUACCUCAACAUAACAUAAUCAAACCAUUCCUCAGUUGUACUGAUGUAAACCAGAUCUGGACAAGCCACCAUUACAAUUUCCUUUAACCGAAAACAAUACACUCUCUCAGAGAGAAGGUGCAGACAUCGUCAUAGUUGACAAAUUCCGCACAGAAAUUCCCAGGACUACACAGUGCACAUUCCGUACGGGUCAAGGUUAGGGUCAGGGUAGCGGUGAGGUCACCCAUACCCCACCCCCCCAUCCCCCCACCAACUCCUGACAGCAUUCCCACAAUCCUCCAUUUCUCUUUCCCCCCCUGAAUCCCGGCGACGGCUGAGAAUUUCAAUGGAGCAGCGUGGAGCCUGUGUCCCCCACCCGCUCUUCGUCAGCUGACUGGCUGACUCCACAUCUCCUACGCGCGACUGCACGUCCUCUCUGACCUUCGAACUCUUCCCUGCCGCCGCCGCCGUCGCCGCUGCCCUCGGCACCGCCCUCUGAUCGCCAUGGCGUCCGUGCGCUUCACCGUGACGCCCACCAAGGCCGAGGACGUGCCGGGGCUGUCGGACACGUCGCCGGACGUCAGCCUGCGUUCCUGCAGCCGGGUCCACUUCGGCUCGCGGGACAGCAUCAGCCGCAGCGAGCCGCACAGCGAGGGGGCCUCGCUGGGACUCCCGGGGAACGAGACGCCCGACUGCAACUCAGAGCAAGGCGAUGGAAAGAUCUCCAGCGUGUACAUCAAUAAUUCCCAUGGGAUGGACGAUGAUGACUUCUAUGACAGGAACCUGGCUCUGUUUGAGGAGGAGAUGGACACUCGGCCGAAGGUGUCGUCUCUGCUCAGCCGGCUGGUCAACUACACCAACCUCACGCAGGGCGCCAAGGAGCACGAGGAGGCCGAGAUCAUCGGAGACAAGCGCAAAAUCGGCAAGUCUCCUCAGAUGGGCACGUUCAUGGGCGUCUACCUGCCAUGCCUGCAGAACAUCUUCGGCGUGAUCCUCUUCCUCAGGCUCACCUGGGUGGUGGGCUGUGCCGGGGUCCUGCAGGCGCUCUGCAUCAUCUUCAUCUGCUGCUGCUGUACCCUGCUGACCGCCAUCUCCAUGAGUGCCAUUGCCACAAAUGGAGUUGUACCAGCGGGGGGUUCGUACUUCAUGAUCUCGCGGUCGCUGGGUCCUGAGUUCGGGGGAGCUGUGGGCCUGUGCUUCUACCUGGGCACUACCUUCGCUGGAGCCAUGUACAUCCUGGGAGCCAUCGAGAUACUGCUGCUGUACAUCGCCCCGAGCGUGGCCCUGUUCGUGGGCACGGACGCGAGCAGCCAGCAGACGGCCAUGCUGAACAACAUGCGCCUCUACGGCUCCCUCUGUCUGCUGCUCAUGUCGCUGCUGGUCUUCGUGGGCGUCAAGUACGUCAACAAGCUGGCCUCGGUCUUCCUGGCCUGCGUGGUCAUCUCCAUCGUCUCCAUCUACACCGGCGCCCUCGUCUCCGCCUUCAGCCCGCCCGAGUUCCCGGUGUGCAUGCUGGGGAACCGCUCCAUCUCCACCGAUCACAUCAGCCUCCUCGAGUGCAGCAAGACCGUUCUGGUUCCCGCGCCGCCCGAGCCCUCAGCCUCGCUCUCGCCCGCCGCCGCCGCCGCCACCGUCACCAACGCGCCAUCCUCGGGGGGCACCACGGCGGCCUACGGCAACCUGUCGCUGCCCGACGACUGGACGGCGGACAACGCCACGCUGGCGCCGCCGACGACGGCGGCGACGCCCGCGGCCACCCGGGCGCCCACGGAGCGCUUCUCGCUGCUAUGGCAACGCUUCUGCAACAGCACGGAGGCCAACACCUCGUGCGAGUACUUCCUGCAGAACAACGUCAGCCAGCUGGAGGGCAUCCCUGGCCUGGCCAGUGGGGUUAUCAAGGAGAACCUAUGGAGCGUGUACCAGAGUCAGGGGGAGGUGCUUGAGCUGGGCCCUAGCUCCGCCCCUGACCAGGUGCUGCAGCCCAACCACCUGCCGUACAUCUUCGCCGACCUCACCACCUCCUUCACCGUGCUGGUGGGCAUCUUCUUCCCUUCCGUCACAGGCAUCAUGGCGGGCUCUAACCGCUCGGGGGAUCUGAAAGAUGCUCAGCGUUCCAUCCCCAUCGGCACCAUACUGGCCAUCCUCACCACAUCCUUCGUCUACCUGAGUUGUGUGGUGCUUUUCGGAGCCUGCGUGGAGGGAGUGGUGCUACGAGACAAAUUUGGAGACUCUGUGAGUGGGAACCUGGUGGUGGGUACCCUCUCUUGGCCCUCCCCCUGGGUCAUCGUGAUUGGCUCCUUUUUCUCGACGUGCGGUGCCGGCCUCCAAUCACUGACAGGCGCCCCCCGCCUCCUGCAGGCCAUCGCUAAGGACAACAUCAUCCCCUUUCUGAGGGUGUUUGGACAUGGUAAGGCGAAUGGUGAGCCCACGUGGGCUCUGCUGCUGACUGCUCUGAUCGCUGAGCUGGGGAUCCUCAUCGCCUCUCUGGACCUUGUUGCACCAAUCCUCUCUAUGUUCUUCUUGAUGUGUUAUCUGUUUGUGAAUCUGGCCUGUGCACUGCAGACGCUGCUCAGAACCCCCAACUGGAGACCUCGCUUCUCCUACUACCACUGGACUCUCUCUUUUUUGGGCAUGACCAUUUGCCUCGCGCUCAUGUUUAUAUCGUCAUGGUACUACGCCAUUGUUGCCAUGGCGAUCGCAGGCAUGAUCUACAAGUACAUCGAGUACCACGGGGCAGAGAAGGAGUGGGGUGAUGGCAUCAGAGGUCUGUCUCUCAGCGCUGCUCGCUUUGCCCUGCUCAGACUGGAGGAGGGAGCCCCUCACACUAAAAACUGGAGGCCUCAGCUGCUGGUGCUGUUGAAGCUGGACGAGGAUGCGCACGUCAAGUCCCCGCGGCUGCUGACGUUCGCCGCCCAGCUGAAGGCGGGGAAGGGCCUGACCAUCGUGGGCACCGUGCUCUCCGGAAACUUCCUGCACAGCUAUGGCGAGGCGCUGGCCGCCGAGCAGACUCUGAAGCACCUGAUGGAGAAGGAGCGGGUGAAGGGCUUCUGCCAGUGCAUCGUGGCACAGAAGCCUCGCGAGGGCAUCAGCCACAUGAUCCAGUCCAGCGGGCUGGGCGGCAUGAAGCCCAACACGGUGGUCAUGGGCUGGCCCCUCGCCUGGAGGCAGAGCGAGGACCCGCAGUCCUGGAAGACCUUCAUCAACACGGUGCGGGUGACGACGGCGGCCCACCUGGCUCUGCUGGUGCCCAAGAACAUCUGCCUGUUCCCCACCAGCAGCGAGCCCUGCACCGAAGGCACCAUCGACGUCUGGUGGAUCGUCCACGACGGGGGCAUGCUCAUGCUGCUGCCCUUCCUGCUGCACCAGCACAAGGUGUGGCGUAAGUGUGCCAUGCGGAUCUUCACAGUGGCUCAGAUGGAGGACAACUCCAUUCAGAUGAAGAAGGACUUGGCCACCUUCCUCUACCAGCUGCGGAUAGAGGCCGAGGUGGAGGUGGUGGAAAUGCAUGACAGUGACAUCAGUGCGUACACGUACGAGCGAACUCUGAUGAUGGAGCAGCGCUCCCAGAUGCUCCGGCAAAUGCGUCUCUCCAAGUCCGACCGCGAGAAGGAGGCUCAGCUGGUGAAAGACCGCAACUCCAUGCUGCGCCUGACCAGCAUCGGCUCCGACGACGACGACGACACGGACGGAGGAGGAGGAGGAGGAGGAGGGGGGUCGGGUGCGGAGAACCAGCGGGUGCACAUGACCUGGACCAAAGAGAGGGCGCAGCGGGUCAUGCACAUGCAGACGCAGGCGUACACACACUCGGGCUGCAGCACGCCAGAGGGCUUCAGAGACAUGCUCAGCAUCAGGCCGGACCAGUCCAAUGUACGGCGCAUGCAUACGGCGGUGAAGCUCAACGAGGUCAUCGUCAACAAGUCCCAUGAUGCUCGGCUGGUCCUGCUCAACAUGCCCGGUCCGCCCAGAAACCCAGACGGAGAUGAAAACUACAUGGAGUUUUUGGAGGUGCUCACGGAAGGGCUGGAACGUGUCCUAUUGGUCAGGGGAGGAGGAAGUGAGGUCAUCACCAUCUACUCCUGAUUGAACAGCAAGAGGAAAAUGUUCAAAAUAUGUUUUUUUUGCCAACAGUGAGGGAGUGAAAGGGAGGUAUUGCUAGCAGGGGAUGCCCCCUCCCCCCCUCCAAACAAUCCAAAACCCCAACCUUCAGUAUGGACAUUAAUUGGCCAUUGUUAUUGCAACUCCCGCCAGCUAGUAUAUGAUAACUUUUUGGCCAUUGUUUCCGUCUCCUUCUGCCAGUCCUUGUUAGACCACUCGAGAACGUUUAAAAAGCCAAUCCACAUCCCAUUCCAAUUCACCCCCUCAAAAACAAGCAGUGUCUGAGUGCUAUGUGCUUUGUCGACCUGUGCGUGUGGAUGUGUGUGUGGUGGAGAAUGUAUAGGCCCAGGAGUGUAUCAUCAAAAGUCGUUGACUGAAAGUGAGAUUGAAGAUCGAAAGGAAAAUCAGGGACCAGUUGUGAGCUGACAGACAAGACAACACAAGAUGGAUAGUGUGUGUGUGUGUGUGUGUGUUUGUGUGUGUGUGUGCGUGUGUGUGACUGUAUGUGUGUGUGUGUGUCUGUGUGUGUGUCUGUGUGUGUGGUAUCUGGAGUGCGGUGUCGUGGACCAAUGUUUAAACCACACAAAACACAGUGGAACAGACUUUGUGUUCCAUUGGAUUGACUCAGGAGUAGCUUCAGUAGGUUUGAUAUUGGACCUGGCGUGACCAUAUGUGUGUGUGUGGGUGGGAGGUGUGUUUGAGCUAGUUUGCAGGUAGUAGUAUAUGUCAAGCCAUCAUGUCAGCUCUGUGCACAUGUGUGGUCAUCAAGAAGAAGAAGUGUGUGUGUGUGUGUGUGUGUGUGUGUGUGUGUGUGUGUGUGUGUGUGUGUGUGUGUGUGUGUGUGUGUGUGUGUGUGUGUGUGUGUGUGUGUGUGUGUGUGUGUGUGUGUGUGUGUGUGUGUGUGUGUGUGUGAGAGAGAGAGAGAGAGAGCGCGUUAUGUGUGUGUUGCCCAAAAGGGGGCAGAAGGGGCAAAUUUCCUUUUUGAAAAGGGUAACAGUGUUGUAGCAAUAUAGAUCUGGCCUUGUUGCACAUUGGACCACUAUAGAGAGGACCAUCACGAAGCAUGCCGUUUCAAUGAUGUUAAGUGUUCAAACUGUGGUCUGCAAAGAGUGUGUGAGAGUGAGAGUGAGAGUGAGAGUGAGAGUGAGAGUGAGAGAGAUAGAGAGUGAGAGAGAGAGUGAGAGAGUGAGAGUGAGAGAGAGAGAGAGAGAGAGAAUGAUAGUGUAAUUGCUUGUAUAAUCCAUAAUGGGCGAAGUUAUUUGUAAGCUGUUUUUUUCUUCGCUUGACACUUUUGCGGUCCUGUGCUGUCCAAUCCACCACCAAAACUAUACCUCCUUUGCCAUCGUCUCCUGGUGUCUCCUGCUGUGUAUGUGUGUGUGUGUGUGUGGGCGCGCACGUGUGUGUGUGCAUGCGUGUGUAUCAGCUGCCUACAGCAACGCUUGUGAACUCAACUCAACAGAGGAGUGGGAAGGAGACAUUUUAUUCCACUAACCUUCUUGUCUCAGUGUUGUUCAUUUCAUGUGCAGGGAUUGUAUUUGUUUCUGUUUCUUGGCUUGUAUAUACACAAAGAUGUCCCAGGUUUUAUCUUUUUUUUUUAAUGCCAUCAGUUGAAUAUUGACAACUGCUUGAGAACUGGGAAUAAACCAAUUUUGUGAAGAAAUCAAAA